AUGACGAUCCUUUUGACGCCAGUUCCUUCAAACUCCUUCCGCUCGUGGAAAGUCAUGGGUGGUGGUCUCGAGCAAGAGCUGUGCGUGCAGGAGCGCACCGCCGAGGGGCUCGCGAAGAACAAACGCUUAGGACACCGACUGUUGUACCGCCCCACAGACUUCACACGGUACCGUAUCAUCCACUCGCGCAACCCGGUGGAUUAUGACCCCAGUGCGGUGAAGCGAGACGCAGAUCAAAAGGCUGAGGAAAGCGUGCUACGGGUGGUUUUGGCUGUUGCCGACAGUUUUGAGGAAAUCAUGGAAGAUUGGGAAAAGGUUAGGGUGAACUGGGGAAAGUGCGUGCAAAAUGGUUCCAGCACUUCAGAGGCACUGCCUGCUGUCUGUGGCACCUCGCUUACAGUAGAAAAACCAAAGGUGCCGUAUCAAUCGAACAGCGUUGAAACCUCCGCCGAUCCGGCGGCAGGCAGCUGCAACGGAAACGCAACUGCAUCCGAUCACCUCGAGCUGACCCCCACGAAAAAGCAAAUUUCAAGCAGGUCUCCACAAGAGUCACUGGACGCCUACGAUUUGUGUCUUAUUCGCAUCAUAGGUCUCUGGCAAUGGCGGUGCCCAGUCGAGACACUUGUGUAUAUGGUGGUGGUAACACUUAGUUGGUGGUGUGGCGUGCUGUGCUGGCCAGUGUUGUGCCUCGUCACAAUUUGUGCCGGGCUGCCGUGGCACGGGUGUCCUCUGAAGAGUGACGAGCAGGCGGAGGGGGCACGUACACUGCAGCAGCUUGAGGAGUUGUUAGGCUGGCGUAGCCCGCGCGGCGUGGUGUCGUCAUUCGCCACAGUGGUGCUGCUGGAGUAUGUCGCAGCGAUGGCAAGACCGGGGUGGCGGUGGGCGCAUGUAGUGGAGUGCGCCGUACCGCCCGUUCUGAUCGUGUCGCUUUUGCACACCGGCCUGCGCCACCUGCAGCGGUGGGCAACGGCGUAUUCGCAGCCCACCGCAACCGAGCCACCUGCUGUUAAAGUACUGGCCAACUCACUCCGACAAUCCGGUACGAAGGAGGAGGAGGAGAAAACAGAGGAAGAAAUCAAAUCUGUCGUCGGGGAUAUUGCCGAAGCUCCGCUGUCUCCGCUAAAUGCACGCGAGACGGCCCUCCGGGACGAAAUUUCACCCGAAGGACCUUUCUCACUUAUUGUUCGACUCCCCAUUGAGUUCGCUGCGGAGUCAAGGGGUUGGGGAAAGCGCCAUGUUCGGCAAGAUGGCCUCGUGAUUUGGGAAAAAACAAGCGAAUACUCAAAGAAUAAGGCGGUUCUUAUUACAGGGAACGUCCUAAAUGCGAACGUAGGUAGUUUGCAGGAGCUUCUCCUUGACGAUCCUAAUUUUGAGGACCGAAAGACAACCUAUGCCUAUAAAUACGACAAACUGCUCUCUGGACGGGCACUUGUGAAAACUCUGGGUAGAAACGAGUUCAUCGUGCUGACGCGCUACAGUUCCCCGGCUUGGGGCGCCGCACCGCGUGAAGUGCUGAGCUGCAUCAGUACCGCCAACCUAUUAACACCAGCACAGCAAGAAGCACUUGGAUUGCGACAGGCUAGCAGUGCUAACGCACAUGGAAGAGAAUUGUUGGCCUUUGCGCAGUGUGGAAUCCAUUGCCCACAGGACGCCGUCUUGCUUCCACCUUCACUGGCUUCGCGCCAACACCAACGGGCGGUGGCACAUAUCUACCUCAUCAUGGGUCUUGAGGAGGCAGAUGGAUCUUUGACACUCCGCCUCUGUUUUGAUGUAGACCCUGGAGGUCAUGCUAGUAGUUUGCAGGCCUUUGCAAACAAGCAGCAUAUUUUAAAAGCUGCGGCCAUCGCGAAUCUCAUCGCCGAAAUCGGACCAAAGCCGAAUAAGGUGCUCCCGUAUGUCAAUUCAAGGGACUUUUCCCCCCUUCUGUACCGUCAACCCUCUGUAGUGGGUGCAAUGUCAAGUGUCAAGGCUGCAACAGGAGACCACAAGGAGGUAGCAUCACCCACCCCGAUUGUCACCACCACCAGCACCACCGCUCCACUAGCCAAAGGCACUGACCCAGAAGUUGCGAGGAUAGCAAAACGUUUUGUUCAGGAACUCCUGCUGCUCGGGUGGGAGUUGCAAUCAGACAAGAAUGCUAUCUCGCUUUGGACAACGAAGACGGCGUGGACUGACAAGAAAGCAGUGAAGACGGUCACUUUCGUCCCUGGUGUGGCACUGGGGGAUGUAGAUGUGGUCUUGAACGAUCUGGGCCUUGCGGCAAAGCUGGACAAAAGCAUCAAGAAGAAAACUGAGGUCAAAACAGUAACUGCGGCAGUCAAGGUGUUCCAUACAACAUUCCUUUCGCCCAUGUGGGGCGUCGCCGCUCGCGACAUGGUGACGCGCGUGGUCAUGUCGUACUACCCGAGCCCGGCCGACUGUGCGACAAUUGGUCUCCCUAGUGUGGACGAGGCGGUGCAACGGCCCAUCUUCUUACACGUUGCAGAGGACGCUUCAGAGGAAGUGCCAAAGAGUAAGGAGUAUCAAAGGGGUCGUGUGUUUUCGUUUGGUGUGCUGGCGGAGGAAGUCACUGAAGAAAAUGGUGUCAAGGGUGUUAGGCUGACGCGGUGUGCGGCGGUUGACCCUGGUGGCUCUCUUCCCACCGCGAUCGUUGACGCCGCGGUGACACUACAGAUUGAAAAUACCCUUCGGCUCGUGGAGAUUAUAAAGCAGCACGCGACUGCUACAUCCAGCACUGGAUAA